AUGACCCCCAACCGUCUAACAAGUCCUAGUAAAUCUUCUACAUUGCUUCUUUUCUAUUCUUUCAGGUCGUCACACACCCUUUGCUACUCACACUUACCAUACACAUGUUGUACACAUUCAUAA